GGAGACCGCGGCAGUGUGUGCGCUAUAGGGAGCAGAUAUCACUGAGAGAGAGAAAGUCAGUGACUGUUUGAGAAUAGGAAUAAUUAGAAAAAGCUCAUGACAAAAUCCAUCGAUUACGUGCAUGGUACGGAUUAUGAUGUUUUAAACUUGAUAUAUGCAUUUAGAGGAAUCUCCUCGUCACUUAAAUAGCACUCCACAUCAUUGGAAUGUGCACUGCUGCCAUAAACGGACGCGUCUGAAGUAGCCCAGAGCUUGUUGAUUUGGCAGUGAAGACAGGCUUUUGGGUGUAAUCAGACCUGCAUUAACCAUCACAAACAAGAUGGUCCACGGUAGACGGGACUACUAAAAGACACAUUUUUUUCUCCCAAAAGCCUUAUACAUUUUGGGGACUUUCCUUGGACUAAUGGUAAUGGGAAUUGACGCGUUAAAUAAAAAAGGAUAAGAUUUUUUUUUCCAAAGUACACUUGUUCUUUGGCGAUGAUUGUGCUAUUCCUUCUUCUGUGUGUUACGAAUGGAGUGGUCUCGCAGAUACGCUACUCUGUGCCGGAGGAGGCGGAUCACGGCACCUUCGUGGGGAAUAUCGCCGAGGACCUUGGACUGGACAUGACCAAAAUCGCCUCGCGGCGCUUCCAGGUGGUGCCUAGCUCGCGGACGCCGUACCUGGAAGUGAACAUGGAGAACGGGAUUCUGUUCGUCAACGAAAGAAUUGACCGGGAGCAGAUCUGUAAGCAGAGUGCCAGCUGCCUAUUACACCUUGAAGUGUUUCUGGAGAACCCACUCGAGCUGUUCCGCGUGGAGAUAGAGGUCGUGGAUAUAAAUGACAAUCCGCCCAGCUUCCCCGAGACCGACAUCACCGUGGAGAUUUCAGAGAGCGCUACCCCCGGUACCCGGUUCCCUCUUGAGAGUGCAUUCGAUCCGGACGUGGGCUCCAAUGCGCUGCGCACAUACGACAUCACCACCAAUAACUACUUCUACCUGGAUGUGCAGACGCAGACCGACGGGAACAAAUUCGCAGAGCUGGUGCUGGAGAAGCCGCUGGACAGGGAGCAGCAGGCGGCCCACAGGUACGUGCUAACUGCGGUGGACGGGGGGCAGCCUCCACGGACAGGCACUGCUCUGCUGGUGGUCAAAGUGCUGGAUUCUAACGACAACGUGCCCGUGUUUGACCAGUCGGUGUAUUCGGUGAGCCUUCAGGAGAACGCACCGAUGGGGACCCUCGUUAUCCAACUGAACGCCACCGACUUGGACGAGGGGCAGAACGGGGAGAUAGUGUAUUCAUUCAGCAACCACAUAUCCAGCCGCGUCAAGGAUCUGUUCGCCAUAGACGCGCGCACUGGACGCAUCGAGGUGUGCGGCGAGGUGGAUUUUGAGGAGAGCAGUUUAUAUCAAAUAUUCGUUCAGGCGAAAGAUCUUGGACCCAAUGCCGUGGCUGCACACUGUAAAGUCCUGGUGAAAGUGACAGACGUAAAUGACAAUGCUCCUGAGAUCACCUUUAGCACCGUGACUGAGUCGGUGAGCGAGAGGGCAGCCCCAGGAACCGUUAUAGCCCUGCUGAGCGUGACGGAUAAAGAUGCCGAGGAAAACGGAAAGAUUCAUGUAGAAAUCCUCGGCGAUGUCCCGUUCAAACUCAAACCCUCCUUCAGGAACUAUUUCACCAUUGUAACAGACGGACCUCUAAAUAGGGAGAAUGCCGACUCUUAUUCAGUGACUGUAGUUGCCAAGGAUACAGGGACCCCUUCCCUCGCAACCAGUAAAUCAAUCAAAGUGCAAGUCUCGGAUGAAAAUGACAAUGCGCCAACGUUUACGCAGCCCAUAUAUGAUGUGUAUGUGACUGAAAACAAUGUGCCAGGUGCUUAUAUCCACGCUGUGACCGCUCUGGACCCAGACGUUGGACAGAACGCUCUCAUUAGUUACUCCAUAAUGGAUUGUGAUAUUCAGGGUAUGUCUGUGAAAACAUAUGUGUCAAUCAAUGAGGAAACGGGCUACCUUUACGCACUCAGAUCAUUCGAUUACGAGCAGCUUAAAGACUUCACUUUCAUGGUUAAGGCGAAAGAUGCAGGUAGCCCCGAGCUCUCCUCGAACGCCACGGUCAAAGUGAUCAUCGUAGACCAGAAUGACAACCCUCCCUCAGUCAUUGCUCCUCUGGGUAAAAAUGGCACUGCGAGAGAGCCGCUGCCCCGCUCCGCAGAGCCUGGCUACCUGGUGACCCGUAUCGUCGCCAUGGACGCAGAUGACGGCGAGAACGCACGGCUCUCCUACAGCAUCCAGAGGGGGAACGAGAACGGCAUGUUCCGUAUGGACUGGAGGACAGGAGAGCUGCGCACUGCCCGGCGCGUCUCAACCAAGCGGGACCCCAACCAGAUGUAUGACCUGUUGAUAGAGGUGAGGGACCACGGCCAGCCACCCCUCUCCUCCACCGCCAGUGUGUUCGUGGUGCUGGUGGACAGCGUGGUGGAGGACCACCGGGAGAGGGGCACCGCCAAGUCCAAGGAGACCACUCUGGACCUCACCCUCAUCCUCAUCAUCGCCCUGGGCUCUGUCUCCUUCAUCUUCCUCCUGGCUAUGAUCGUGCUGGCGGUGCGCUGCCAGAAGGACAAAAAGCUAAAUAUCUACACGUGCCUCACCAGUGAUUGUUGCCUCGGGUGCGCCACAUGCUGCAGCAGGCAUGCGCGAGCCCGCAAGAAAAAGCUCAGCAAGUCUGAUAUCAUGCUGGUGCAGAGCGCCAACGUCACCGGGGCCGGUACAGCCCAGGUGCCAGUGGAAGAGUCCGGGAGCUUCGGCUCUCACCACCAAAACCAGAACUAUUGCUACCAGGUAUGUCUGACUCCGGAGUCUGCCAAAACCGACCUCAUGUUCCUAAAGCCAUGUAGCCCAUCUAGGAGCACAGACACCGACCACAACCCGUGCGGGGCCAUAGUGACAGGGUACACUGACCAGCAGCCUGACAUCAUAUCAAACGGCAGCAUUUUAUCAAGCGAGACCAAACAUCAGCGAGCGGAACUCAGUUACCUGGUGGAUAGACCUCGGCGUGUGAACAGUUCGGCUUUCCAAGAAGCGGAUCUCGUUAGCUCGAAAGACAGUGGUCACGGUGACAGCGAACAGGGCGACAGUGACCAUGACGCCACCAAUCGUGGUCACUCUACCGGCGCUGAUCUCUUCUCUAACUGCACAGAGGAGUGCAAGGCUCUGGGCCACUCCGACCGCUGCUGGAUGCCCUCCGACGGGCGCCAGGCGGCAGACUACCGCAGCAACCUGCACGUGCCAGGCAUGGACUCCGUGCCCGACACUGAGGUAUUUGAAAGCCAAGAGCAAACGGGCGAUAAGUCAUUCUCCACCUUUGGCAAAGAGACGCCCCUCAGCCACCUCUACCAAAACCACUACCAAAACCACCACAAAAACCACCUCCACCUCAGCCACCACCAUGCCACCCACGCCAACCAAGCCGCAGUAGAGAGGAAAGAGUUUGAGGCGCUUCUGUCUAGCACGCGAGCGCCUUACAAACCUGCCUAUUUGAGUGAGUAUCCGAUUUGCACGGCAGCUCUGUAGCUAACCCGCCCUGCUCCACUCUCUCAACCAGCCGACCCUGAUCUGACCAUUUACUUGAACAAUACAAAAAAAACAAAAAAACAAUUCGCAUUGUUCCCCCAUUGGCUCGAAGUGCCAUGAAAUUCUUUCAAGUCCACUGACCCAUCUAAUUCACCCCCCGUUGUCAGACUUGAACUAAUUCGCUCUCUUCCUCUUUCACACAUCCUCAUUAUCACUCUCUCUAUCUGUGGCGAUCUCUGCCUCCGACACAGUCUUCCAUAUCAAUGUCACUCCCUCCUUCCACCACCAGCAGCCCCAUCUAUGUGCCUUUCUGAAUUAAAUGUGCCAUGAUCAAUUCGAGUACAGUUUGGGAUCCAUAAGAGAGCUGUGACAUCGCUGAGACGUUGACGUGGUGUACAGCUCUGUCUCAUUAUGGGGAGAUGGAUGUGUUCGCGUACAAGCUGCUUCCCUCGUUCAGAAAGGGAAUGGGGGAAAAAAAUGAGUGUUUUUUAAUCUGUUUAAAAGAAUAGAGGCUAAGAGAUUACCCUCUCGUUCGUAUUCAUCUGAUGGUUUUACUCUAGCUCCUAGGAUUAAAACCGUUUUAGAUAAUUGAGGAAAGCAGAUGGAAGAAGAGGCCUAUUUCCGUAAGGAAUUUCUGUGUUCGAAACUCCCUUUUGAAAGGGCAGAAAGAGCAGCAUACUCAUCACUGCAAUUUGGUGAUAAUGCUUAAUUAUAAUUUUGUCAAGCGCCGCCUUCAGUGUUCCCCGUUUCUUUCAUCUCUCGACACAGCACGCUCAAAAUGUUGAAACUGCCGGAGUCACGCUGUCUCACCUACUACCGCAAUACACAGCCGCGGCAGGCGGCAGAAGGGAGAACAUUUGACAGUCAUACCAGCAUUUAUAUUUGUAUCAAAGCACUACCUCUGAUGAAUACAGAUGAGGUAGAGACUCCAUAAAGAUAAAGAUGGCACCUUCCUCUCUGUCUAAACCCCCUCCUCCUCCUCCUCUCCCUCUGUCUCACUGACUAAACAUGGUCGUAGAGUUAAUCACCACAAGACAUUCCUUGUUUAGAGGAUGUCUGUUAGGGGGGUCUGGUAAGGGGAUAACAGGUGGGCAUAGGGGGGAUAGUCUCAUGACACUAAGAGGCUGUGUCUUUCCCUAAUCUGAUAAAGUCAUCCGGACACACAGAGCCCCUUGUAGCCAGAGACGGCGGCCCAGGCAGGGCCCUGUGGCGGAUACCCGGGUCGGUCAUUACCCUGAUCAAACAGAGAUGACAUAGAGCCGCUGCUAGCUGGGGGAUUGUUAAGC